AUGCAUCAUGGGCUGCAUCACAGCCUCUCGCUGUGAGUAACUCUCUGUCAGCUGCAGAAACACACAGCACGUGUCCUAGGCUCGCAACACAAGCCUGUGACCAUCUGCACCCAGCUCACAGCAAAGCAGGAACCGUGAGGAGAGAUCUCCAAAAGAUGUGCGGGCAGGUGGGAUGGGCCAUGCCGUGUCCCCAUGUCCAUGUCCUCCUGCUGCUGGUGUUUGGUACUGCUGUGAGCACCCAGGGCAUCUGCAGUUCCACAGCUGAUGGUACUCUCCAGGCUCCAGCCAUGCUCCUAAACACUUCCAGAGCUCAGGAAGGGGAAGUUGUCCUGGCUCAGUGUGUCCUUCAGAAGAUAAUACCUGCUGCCCGAAUUGUCUUCUGCAAGGAUGGAAUGGAGGUUUACAGCAUGAAAGCCCAACAGCAUACCGUCAUCUACUCCAUGCUGCUGAACAUCUCUGCAAGAAGCAGUGGGACAUACACGUGUGCGUACCAGCAGAGGAACAAGAGCAAUUGGCUAAGGAGAUCUCCCCUCAGCACUCCCUUGGAUCUACAUGUCACAGGUCAUGUGUCCAAUUCCACGGCAGGAACCAUAACUGCAGACACCAACACUCCUCUGAACCUCACAGUCAUUCAUGUGGUAUCAGUUACUGUCAACCUCCUGCUGUCUGCAGCCACCUUCUGGACCAUUAGGAAAGGUGCCUGCCGGGAGAGAUGCCGAAGGCAGCAGCACGUUCCCAGCCAGCAGGUGCAAGCCACCGACUACGGAGAAGUCCAGUACUCAACCGUUGCCCACUUUCGAAGGGACAAGCCUCCCGUGAAGCAGAUGACCCGCAGCAGAGAUGCAUAGGCUUCAGCAUGCCAAGGCAACCAGGACUGCGUCACGGCCAUUGUGUUUUCUUGCAGAGGGCUCUUGGGGCAGAACAUGGGGCUUUUGGGUUCAUGGGGUAUGCUCUCCCAUUAUUUCUAGCCACAGAGAUAUAUGACUUGCUUAUGUAUGGACCACCUAGCAUAUCAAUAAAAUAUCACAGCUAUUUUAGAGA